AUGAGGCCAGCAUAUCUCCUCGCGGCCCUCGCGCCGGUUGCCCUCGCCGGCCAAGCACAUCCCCGCGACUUCUCUCCGGACCUCGACCUGCACCUGGCGCGUAACCCCGUCGCUUUAAUACCGGAACACAUUAUCGCGCGCGAACCAUUCCCGGUGGUGGAAUCCGGGCAUAAUAGAUCGACCCAGCACUCGGCGCGAAACGUUCUGCAAGCGCGCAGUGAGGGUUCGCUGGGCCAGACUCCGUGGAUCGGAAUGGCUAUCGGGCUGACCUGUACCGCCGCAGCGGCGGUGAUGCUGGGUUAG